AAGCCCAGCAUAACUUUGUGAACCAACCAGCCACAACUACACAGCCGAAACAAGAUGUCGAACAAGAUUCAAAAUCAGGAGAUGCGCGAACUUCCAGUCAAGUUCAGCGUCAUUCCGGAGACCCUCCAGAGUCCGUUCAAGGAACUCUUUCCGGCCUACACCGAAGGUUUGGUCAAGGGCGAGCCGGGCAACUUUGUCUAUCAUCCGCUUUACGGUGCCAAUGCCGACAAGUUUUACAAUUUUCCCAUCCGCAAAGACGACGUCUGGAUCCGCACCUUUCCUCGAUCAGGAACUACGUGGACUUCCGAAUUGGCUUGGCUGAUUAUGAACGACUGCAACUUUGAUGUGGCCAAUAAAAUUCCUUUGACUGUCCGAUCGCCCAACAUCGACACAUGCUAUGCCACCAAUUGGGAAGCGAAAGCGACAGCUGAACUCAAAGAUUCUCUACCAACUUUGGAAAAAAUGGGCGAUUUACCUUCGCCACGAGUUCUGAAAAGUCACUUGCCCGCUUAUCUACUGCCACCAGACUUGCUAGAAACUUGCAAGGUCAUUUACGUCGCCCGAAACCCAAAAGACGCCAUCGUUUCCUUCUACUACUUCCACCAAAUGGUCAAAUUCUUCCAGUUUAACGGAAAUCUCGAGCAAUUCGCCGAAUACUUUAUUCAGAACAAACUUGUCUGGACUCCUUAUUUCCCCACCGUCCUAGACGCCUGGGCUAUCAAGGAUCACCCCAACAUGCUCUUCCUCUUUUACGAAGACAUGAAAAAGGACAUCAGGAAGGAAAUCAAGAAAAUCGCCGCAUUCCUGGGCAAAACUUUGACGCCAGAGCAGAUUGAAAAGUUGGUCGAUCACGUCAAAGUGGACAACUUUUCCAAAAACGCAUCAGUCAACAUGACGAUGGAGAUCAAGUCCGGAUUCACCAACGAAGGACACUCGUUUGUUCGCAAAGGCCAAACUGGCGACUGGAAGAACCACUUUAGUCCUGAACUAAACAAACGCAUCGACGAAUGGAUCGAGACAAAUUUGGCGGGAAGCGAUUUGAAAUUUGUCACCGAACUCGACCACCAAGAAUAAAAUUUUAUUUAAAAUUAUCGAACCAUCGCAUCCAGAAUUAUAAAAUUCAAAUAAAUAAGGACAACUUUCAUUUGCUGUAUACUGAUUUAUCAUAGAAAAUUUGAACGAAA